CUUUCGAAAGAACCAGCCCUACCACACAAUGCCCGGAAGCCGUAGCAACUCUCCUCGCCGCGACGAUAGCCCCCGCCGCAACGACCGCAGCCGCAGCCGUAGCCCAGACCGUGACCAAGGUAACUCCAAGCGCAAGGUUGGUACCGCUGCCCGCUGGAACGAAAAGGGAUUCGGAUUCAUUAAGCCCGAUGAUGGUGCCGAAGACGUGUUUUGCCACUUUUCGUCCAUCAAGGACGGCAACUGCCUCCGAGAAGGGGAUAAGGUCGAGUUUGAAGUGCGAUUCGACGAACAAAAGGGAAAGAACCGCGCCGAAGAUGUGACCGGUGGUGUGUACGAAGAACGCCGCCCCCGCGAUACCCGCAGUGCCGGCGAAUGCUACGACUUCAAGCAAGGCCGAUGCCAUCGUGGUGACUCGUGCAAGUUCUCGCACGGUGGAGGUGACCGCUACGACGACCGCUACGAUGACCGCCGUGGUGGCGACCGAUACGAUGACCGCCGUGGGGGUGACCGUUACGAUGACCGUCGUGGUGGAGACCGCUACGACGACCGCCGGGGUGGUGGCCGCGACUACGAUCGCCGCAGCCGUGAACGGUACUAAAUUGACAUGCACUACUAGGUUCUCGAAGAAGGGAACCCUGUAGUGCGUGACAAUUGAGCCAUUCGAUGAUACUAAACUACCGUGUGGGAUAACUUGAAAAUCGCAUAAACAACCGUGGCCCACCGUCGGCGCAGUAUCUUGCCUUGUUUCGUAUGUGUCCCCUGAGGUUCCCUCGGUGCUGUUCCCUCGCUCUACAUCCGCUGCAUGACGUGUAUGAUCAGGAUUACAGGUAAAGUACCUUCCCUUGAUUUCACGUGUUGUAGAGAGCUGCAGAUAUGCGUUGACACGCGUGUGGGGUGGAAUGGAGCUGUGAUGCCAUGUCAUGUUGUGUCGAACCACGGUAAGAUAAGAAAUGAAUGUGUCAGAUAUUUUGGAGGUAGAAGGAGCUGCCGUCGGAUAGAUUUAUCUGACGUGAGCUCCCUCGACCAAUGUUAACGAUGAAUAUACUUCAUAUGCUAUGCA